UUUGUUUUGGUGGGAGAAAGCAUGGAAGGCGCCGAGAAGAAACGAGCUCGCGCGUCGAAAACUAAGCAAGGUGGGAGAGCAUCUCGGGUGAGAGAAGCUCAGGUGAGGGCAGCUGAAGAGGCGGACAGAAGGAAGGAGGUUUUGAAGGAGUCUCUGAGGGAGAAGCUGGAGUUGGAGCGGAGAGCUCUUCAGGUGGUGGAAAGGCUCCUGGACGACAACGUGACGGAGGAUUUCUUGACCGAUUGCGCUCGACUGAUCACACCAGCAAACUACAGAGAUGCAGUGGAGGAGCGCUUUAUCACCAAAACGUGUGGCUAUCCUGUCUGCUCCAACAAACUCGCUAACGUUCCGAGUCAACGGUAUAAAAUUUCCACCAAGACCAAUAAGGUGUAUGAUAUCAGUGAGCGUAAGUGCUUCUGUAGUAAUUUCUGCUACAAAGCCUCGAAAUACCUCGAAGUCCAGAUUUCCAAAUCACCGCUGUGGCUGAGAAAGGAGGAGAGACCUCCUGAGGUGAAGCUGUUGAAGAAGGGGGACGGAGGCACGUCAGGUCUGGAAGUGAAGCUAUCAGACAGACCUGUGAGUAAAUCAGACGUCGAGAAUCUGAUCCCGGAAUGCACCGGGUCGCACGGAGUCUCCGGUGAGAGCGAGAGCGAGUGUAGCGAUGAGGAGCAGGGCUUCGUGUCCAGCGUGGUGGCCAGACAGCAGCAGCAGAGGCGUGUUCACUGGGGGGAUCUGCCCAGACGGGACGGGGAAAACCAAACACACGACGCUGACACCGACGUGACGGGCGUGAGGCGCGAGAGAGUAAAGCGCGGUGAUGACGCUAAGCUCUCUGAACCAAUCAGUGACUCGGUGUCAGUGGAUGAAACCAGUGAGCGUCUACAGCAGGUCGCUCUCCCGGACUCUCCAGCUCCGGAUGAAAACUCUCCCGAAACGAGCCUCGACAUCUCCCAAGUUGGGAUGAGUAAAAAAACUGCUAUCGGACUCCGAAACCUGCUGAAGAGCCACGGGAAAGCGCGAGCCGACGCUCCAGACGUCACGCUCAGCCUGCUGGAAGGUCUCACACGCACGCUGAUGGAGUGGAGAACCAACGAGACCAUGAGGUUCCUCUACGGACCAGAUUACACCUCGCACUCCGAGGCCGAGCUGCAGAGUGAUGAGGAGGAGGAAGAGCUGGACGAAGAUGACCUGGAGGAUGUGGAGAAGGUGAAGGGUUCAGAAGGAGGAGGAGGAGGAGGAGCAGCUCAAGCUCGACCCUCUGCAGCAGCACCUGAUUACGAGACUCUGAGAACGGAGACGGAGAUGCUGGAGCUCCGAGUGCUCGAGUUUUACAGAGGAGUGUGUGUCCUGCCCGAGGAGGUGCAGACGGAAGCUGUGGAGGAGAAAGCACGCACCGAGGAGAGAGAGAAGGUCCCGCCGCUGCCGCCGGUGGACUCUCGGGCUCAGCGGGCGAUCCAGAGGGGCAUCGCUGUGGAGAAGCUCGGCAGAAGUUUGAGAGACGUCCUCGGGCCUCUGGGCGUCACCAUGAACGAGAUCAUCGACGAUCUUAACGGCAUCGUCCGGACCUUCAGAUUUACAAACGUUAACAUCAUCCACAAGCCUCCUGAAUGGACCCUGAUCGCCGUCGUUUUGCUUUCAGUGUUAACCGAAGUGUCUCCGUCGCUGAGGGAGUCGAUGACGAGGACGCGCUCGGUCGAGUACAUCAGCUCUCUCAUGAAGGAGCUCAGACUGAAGGACGAGGAUCUGCAGAGCCUCGUGAAGCUCUUCAAGCCUGACAGAAAAGCGCACGCUACACGCCGCUCGGCUGCAGAGUCGAGCCGAGUAACACCGCCGUAAAUCUUCUAGGAGCAAUAAUGUGUGAUCUGUAUUAUUUAAAAUAAAUCGGUGCGGUUGUGUGAACCAGAAAGCAAUGCUACUUGAAGGCUCCUUGUCA